AUGUCAGAGCAGCUCCGACGGCUCUUCAAAUUGAUGAAGAUGAUGAGAAAAUUAGAUAGCACUCUCUUCAGAAACUUAGUGUUGUAUGAAUUAGAAGCAGAUUCGGAUUUGUUGAUGAAGAUGAAGCUGUGUAGGGAAGCAGAUUCGAGAGUGAGUUUUGGAGAGAUGAAGUUUCGAGAAGAGUUUAGGAUGUGUGCAGAAUUUGUGAAUGAAGCCCUGAUUUAUAGUUGUUGGCUUGGCUUCUCUGAGAAGUUUGCUAUAGUUGGACAGCCACGCAUAUUUAUGUUGAAUCCAUUUUGGAGAGGUUUUGGACAAGUUUGGAAUCAGUUCAUAGCAAACCGUGUGAGGCAUCUUAACAUCAUUAGCUUUUAUUGA